AUGACUUCUAUCGAACUUGUGCUUGACCAACAUCCCUUCAUCAUUGGCCAUUCAGUCAGCGGAGCUGUUCUGCUCAACUUUCGUAUGCUGCAAGACGACGGCAUAGAGACGAUACAUGUCAAGCUCAUUGGGCACAUGCACGGGAGAGCAGACCACGGCAAAUCGCAUGAACGGAAGAACAUAGAUUUCCUUCAGCAUAUACUGCCCGUUUGGAAACGAGGGCAGGCCUAUCCUCCUCCGGGGUCCGAUGUCCUCCCGCUUCCCUUCAACAUACCCUUGCGCCCCGAUUUGCCGCCUUCUGCUAGUUUGCACGCUCGUCGCCUUCGUGGAUCAAUCAAGUACACGUUACAUGCCAUCGGCGAUCGCCCGGGGCUGCUCAAGUUCAACAAGGAAGUGAAGCAGUAUGUGACAGUGCAGCCGAAUGGCACCGUCAGCGAGCCGGUACAGACUCGUCUAGGCAACCAUGACUGGGAUGGGCCGUGGACGACGAUUCGAGCGAGCAAACACGUCAGCAAGUAUGUCUUGUGGGGUGAGCACGCAGACGUGGACGUCCGCCUCACCGUUCCUGCGAUCGACGCCGUGCCGUUACGCACAGCGAUACCGUUCACGCUGUCCGUCACAACGCUCAGCAAGCCGCAUCCGCGUGACUACGAGGGGCAAUUAUGGCCGAGCCCGCCAUGCCAGCCAGAGGCGUACGAUUUCGUGCUCAAGGAGGACGUGUUCCUUCGAAUCGGCACCCCCACGAAGAAGAAAACGGGCAGCAUUUCCCUGCGGCAGCCACCGCGACCCAUGCACUUCGAACCUGCAAAGAAAGAAUGGAUAGCGGCGACCGGCGGACAAGGGCAAUGGAAGCAAGAGACCACGAUGAAGUCGAGUAUACGGCUGGAGUGCCCGCCGACGUUCACGUUCACGUGGGAGGGUAAAAUCCGUCUUGCUAUCUCUGUACGAUGUCCCCUUGAGUGCCGGAUGCAUGCGCUCACAUCCGUUCGUCUUUCUAGUAUCGUCUGUGUGUCACGGUUAAAUUCAGUGGCAUGCGUAGUUUGA